ACUCACCCAUCACACAGAUAUUCGUUGGAAAUAAGAAAAAAGAAAAAAAAAAGUAAACUUGGAGGAAACAAAGGCGAAAACUUUUAUGGUCCAAAGAUCGAGACACAGAUCAUCAUCUUCUUUUUUGGCUAUCUGCGCGAUCGAUUACUGUCCGAAAGGUUGAAACUUUUUGUUGUGUAGACAGAAGGGUGUUGUUUUGGAUCGUGUUCUCUUUUGAAUGGCGCAGGGAAGCAUGGACCCUGCCGUUCUCGACGACAUCAUCCGUCGUCUGUUGGAUUACAGAAACCCUAAGCCUGGAACCAAACAGGUCAUGCUCAACGAGUCUGAGAUCCGACAGCUUUGUCUCGUAUCCAAAGAGAUUUUCCUUCAACAGCCUAACCUCCUUGAGCUCGAAGCUCCCAUCAAGAUCUGCGGUGAUAUACAUGGACAGUACUCAGAUCUACUGAGGCUGUUUGAGUACGGAGGCUUCCCUCCUACAGCCAACUACCUCUUCUUAGGAGACUACGUGGACCGCGGGAAGCAGAGCUUAGAGACCAUCUGUCUCCUCCUCGCCUACAAAAUCAAAUACCCUGAGAACUUCUUCCUCCUAAGAGGCAACCACGAGUGCGCUUCCAUCAACAGAAUCUACGGAUUCUACGACGAAUGCAAACGCAGGUUCAGCGUGAGGCUCUGGAAAGUGUUUACGGAUUCUUUUAACUGCCUCCCGGUGGCUGCUGUGAUAGACGAUAAGAUACUGUGUAUGCACGGUGGCCUUUCUCCCGAUUUGACCAGCGUGGAGCAGAUCAAGACUAUUAAGAGACCUACCGAUGUUCCGGACACCGGUUUGUUAUGUGAUCUGCUUUGGUCUGAUCCGAGCAAAGAUGUCAAAGGCUGGGGGAUGAACGACCGUGGUGUCUCUUACACGUUUGGGCCUGACAAAGUUGCUGAGUUUCUGAUCAAGAACGAUAUGGAUCUCAUCUGUCGUGCCCACCAGGUUGUAGAGGAUGGGUAUGAGUUCUUUGCAGAUAGACAGCUUGUUACUAUAUUCUCAGCUCCAAACUACUGUGGUGAAUUCGACAAUGCUGGUGCGAUGAUGAGUGUUGAUGAGAGUUUGAUGUGCUCUUUCCAAAUUCUUAAGCCUGCGGAUCGGAGGCCCCGGUUCUUAUGAUCGAAAAGAGUUAGAACCUGGCGGGAGAGAGACAUUUGAAGCUCCCUGAGACUUUGUUCAGAGGCCAAAAAAAAAGAAAGUCUAAAUGUUAUAUUAUCAUCAUCUUAUUUGAACUCUUACCAUUUCUCUUCUUAAACCUUUUAUGUUCUUAUGAUCUUCUUCUUCUCAGACUCAUUAUUAGACAGUAACAAAAUAAUGUCUGCAAAUUUUUUAUUAUUCAUCAACAAAAUUCUCAGUGGUA